AAAUUUCUCCUUUUCCUUUUUGACCCUAUAGUGUCUUGACAGUGACUAUCAUACCGUGGGACUAGUUCCAAUUUGGGAAAAUAAAUAUUUUUAACGUGAUUAAACAACGAUAACUGACAUCAAACUCCUUUCACUGUGAAUUAUUAGAUAAUCUGUUCCCUUAUUGUCAUCUACCUUUCAUCAUUGAGACUGGCAUCACUGUGACCCUCUACAUAUAAAUCAACCAAGUGCGAGAAGACAAAUAUACAAAGACGACAGGUAUCAACAAAAACAAAAUGACAUCUAGAAAAAAGAUCAUACCCAAAUGCCCAUCGUCAGAGGAAACGGACAAAGUCCGCUACUCUGAGGCGAUAGAUCGCAUGAGAAAAGCAUUUGGAAAUGAAAAUGAUAAAAAGCCAGAAAGAGACCAAAUUAUGAAAAACCUGAAAGAAACUAACGCUAUUCUGCUUGAAGAAGAUAUGUCGCUUAUCAAACAAGCGAUGGCUAACCCAAGAGAUGAAAAAGGUAAUUUGAUAACAGAUAAACAACUGGGCUUUCUUCGGGCAAAUAUCAAGAUAAUGGAAAAACACAUCAGAGGUGUGAAAGCUAACGCCGAACCUGCGGUCGCUGUAGAAGAAGACUCGGAAGACCCAACCGACUCCUCGGAAGAUGAACUACUUGAUACAAUUCAACCUAAGAAGAAAAAAAUAAAAAGAUCAAUGAAUAUCGAAACAAAACAAAUAACACCCAAGAAUAUCCCAGCCAAUUGGUGGCCAUGGAAAAUGACACAACGAUACUUCCGAUUAAUAAUAAAUGGCGAUGAAAAAGAGAGAACAGUUAACGCAAUAACUGAAAUAAUCUCAAAGCUACAACGUACGUACUCAUUCAAAGUGAUAUGCUGGAAAAAAUACACUCUGAUAAUCACAUACUCAGAAAAAGAUCGAGACGAACUACAAGAGAAAAUAAAAUCCAAAACAUUAACAACGGAAAUUCCAGAAUGGCGAAGACCGGCAAUUAAAAUUCUCUUCAUGAAACCACCAGUAGAAGAAUCCUGGAACAAUUACAUAGACCGAAUAAUGCGAUUAAAUGGUUUCAAAGAUAAUAAACAAUACAAAUUGAAAUCAUAUUUCGCCAUGACAGAAGGAAAAUACGGAGUUGUUAUUGAAGUAAGCCCAGCGAUUAGAUCAGCCAUCGAGCAAAUCUCUAAAGGUAGAAUCUCAGUUGGUUACACGUUCCUAUCAGCCAGAGACAAUUUUGAUGUGAUCAACUGUCGACUAUGUCACAGAUUUGGUCACACCAGAAACAAGUGCAACAACCAGUCCAGAUGCACCAAGUGCGCUGGAAGACACACGAUAAAAAAUUGCACCUCGCAAGAAAUUAAAUGUGCGUCAUGCGAAAAAACCGAUCACUCAGCCUACUCCAGAAACUGCCCAUUGUAUCGAAGCGAACUGCAAAUGGCAAUCUCGCUGAUCGACUAUCAAUAUGAUUAUCUGAUGAUGUGAAAAGCUAGCCCCAAACUGGGUUCGCCGCACGAAAACAACAAUUAAGAUUGUAGCAUCGAAAUGAUAAUAACAAUGAUGGUUCAGAAUACAAUUAACAUAAGGAUGAGAAAAUAUUCCAAUCCAAAAAGAUAAAAGAAACAAUGAGAAAAAGAAAAAGAAAACAAUUAAAAAGAAUUAACAAGUAAUUAACAAGUAAU